AUGACUGUUCGUGAUCCGACGCCUGUGCCUGAACAUCCAUCGUUAGAGGAAGUGUAUGAGGCAACGCCGUUUUCCGAAGCAUUCUGGACUUAUGUAAACUAUAUUAUUUUGAAUAUUUUCGGUUGGUUUCGUGAUUUUCUUCGACGAGCACGAAUCGAAAAUCGCAAAGGUUCAGCAGAAUAUAAUCCAUCGGGUUUCGUACCAUUAUAUCAAAGUUACGAAAGUUUCUAUACUCGAAAUGUUUACCAAAGGAUUGCCGAUUGCUUCAAUCGACCCAUUGGCGGCGUGCCAGGUGGAAAACUUGAUCUGAUGGAGCGGGUUACCGAGGACUACAAUUGGUCGUUUAAUUUCACGGGAAAUAAAAUCACAACAAUCAAUCUUGGUUCAUAUAAUUAUCUUGGUUUUGCGAAUAAUAAUGGCCCAAUAGCAGAUAAUGUCAUCGAGUCAAUCAAAGAGAAUGGUCUUGCUACAGCAAGUACAACUCAGGAAUUCGGAAAUUUGAAACAACAUCGAAAACUCGAAUCGUUAGUUGCUCAAUUUCUCGGUACUGAAGAUGCGAUUACCUUUGGUAUGGGAUUUGCAACAAACGCUCUGAACAUUUCAUCGCUUUGUGGAAAGGGUUGUUUGAUUUUAAGUGAUGAACUUAAUCAUGCAUCACUUGUUCUUGGUGCUCGUUUAUCUGAUUCUGUGAUUAAAGUUUAUAGACAUAAUGAUAUGAAACAUUUGGAACGAUUGUUACGAGAUUCUAUCGUCUCUGGUCAACCGCGAACUCAUCGACCCUGGCAAAAAAUCCUCAUUAUUGUCGAAGGUGUCUAUAGUAUGGAAGGUUCCUUAUGUAAAUUACCGGAAUUAAUCGAACUGAAAAAGAAAUAUAGAGCAUACCUCUAUCUGGAUGAGGCACAUUCCAUUGGUGCAAUGGGUUUACGUGGUCGCGGCGUCGUUGAUUACUGGAAAUGUGACGAGCUCAUCGAUCACAUUCGCAUAAAUUCACAUGCAUGUGCAUAUGCUAUGUCGAUGAGUCCGCCAGUUGUCGAACAAAUUAUUUCAGUAUUGAACUUAUUGAUUGACGACGAUGAAACACGUGAAGGUCGAAAACGAAUCAACCAAUUGGCAUGGAAUACGCGAUACUUUCGGCAACGUCUCUCCAAGAUGGGUUUCAUUGUUUAUGGACAUCCUCAUUCACCUGUUGUACCAGCUCUCUUAUACAGCCCAUCAAAGAUUGCAGCGUUCAAUCGUGAGAUGUUGAAACGAGGUGUUUCUGUUGUCACCGUCGGUUUUCCAGCUACGCCAUUAGUUCUUGGCCGUGUUCGUUUCUGCCUAUCGGCAUCGCACACCAAGGAAAUGCUUGAUGAUGUACUCAAGUAUGCCGAAGAAGUGGGUGAUUUAUUGAACAUGCGUCAAUCGAAAUUGAAUCCGAAAAAGCCAUUUCAUGAAACCGAGUUAAUAGCUCACUGA